CUUAUCAAGUUGCGCGAUGAACGAUCAACGCUUCAUUUUGAACCCUUUCGGGGAGCUUGCGCUCACUGCUGAAGACCGUACCAGGCUGGUGGAGAUCACUGAUGAGAUCAUCAUGGCCAAGUUCGAAGAGUACGAAGAACAUCUCAACAUCGGCAAGCAGGUGGACCUCAAACGCUGGAAGAAGUUCGCCAAGUCCGGACCGACGACGUCGUACCUUGAGCGCAAGUCUUCAAGCCCGAACACUAAACUCCCGCAGCUGCUAAUGGUGGGGCCGCUCCCUGGUACACUCGACGAAAACAUGUUCGGUAUCGUCAAUCCAACUAUCGAGGCAAUGCGAAUCAAGUCGUCGUACUUGAGCGAUUUCAACGCUGCCGCUGUACUCGCCACGGUAGUUGAGCCCACAGUAGACGACCCGUUCCGAUCGGUAGUUGUCAAGUGGAUGGAGAUCGACAUCCCGCUCGCAUCGAUUGGUCUCGUCCGCAACCGGGACUACGUGUACGUCGAGAGUACCGGUAUCCUUCACCUUCAAAACGGGGAGCGUGUGGGCUAUCAUUUAUUCCACUCUGUAAGUUUUCCAGAAGUCCACGAACUACCGAACCGAGUCCGCGGUAACAUGUCGUUCUGCGGUAUCUUCCACCAAGAGGGACCCGAUAGAACCGACUGUCGCGGAACUGGUAUCAUGGAUCCUGGUGGUGAUAUGAUCCGUGCAAUGGCUGUAAUGGGUAUGGUGCAGGCCACCAUGGCGGGUUUAAAAUAUUCAUAUUGCGGACAGAUGAAGAAGCUAGCCUGGUUGCUGGAGCAGAAGCAAGGAGAAGCUCGUGAAAAGGGCACACCAGCUUUCAAACCGUUCUGUGUGACGUGUAUGAAAGGUGUCAAGGCGUCGAAACUGGGUGGUGGAGUAGCGACUUGCAAGCUCUGCUUUGGUGCAGUAUGCAGCUCGUGCAAAAUUUCCAAGAAGCUAAGCUUUAUUGCCCCAGAUUUGAGUCUAACCCAGCGCAAGGUCACGUUUUGCGUCAAGUGCGUUGUAGAGGCGACCCAAAUGGACACACAGGAGGCAGCUCGGGAGCAAUUCGUGUACAAGAAGAACGCCUCGCCCCCAAUGUACGGAAUGUCUGUAGCGUCUGAUAUGAGUACAUGCUCGGAGAGCACGAUGACUUCGAUUACAGGAUAUUCUGGUCAUUCUGGUUAAGUGCAACGCCUGUCAUUGGUGGAAGACAUAUUUUCGCAAUUUUGUAAAUGUUCAGUGAAAAUGCUUGCUUUUAUCUGUGUUUUUAGUUCUUUAAAGUGUCCUUUUAGUCGGUUUCCAGUACAAACAAAG